GUGGCCUUUUUCGAAGGAAUACUGUCGUCACCCCUAAACGCGAUGAAGAAUUUGGAGAUUACGCGACUGUUAUUAGCUCGGAGGAUGACCCAAAAAGACUUAAGGAAUACAUCACUAGACUUUACAAGUCUCUAAAGGAAAAGAGUAAAGGUCUUAAGUCAGCUUAUACAAAACUCGAUUUGUUGAAUAAUGAAAUCAGUCAAGAGAAGGUGAGGUUGGUAGAUAUUGAAGAUGAAAACAAGUCACUUCGAGACCAAAUGCAAGGAAUGGCCGAUCAAUUGGCGUCCAAGGAUGAAUUAUUUAGUCAAUGGCAGGCAAAGUUGGUUGAACAGACACAAAGAGAACGCGAUGUGCUAAUUGAAGAAAUGGAUGAAGAGCGCGCGCAAUUCAAAGAACGAAUCAAUCAACUUGAAGAUGCUUUAAAUAUCGCCAAUGUAGAAAUUACACGAUUAACUAUCGAGAUGACUGAUCUAACUAAUUCACAAAAAAAGAGGCGAAUGUCAACAACUAGUAGUAAAACAACUAGUAGUACGACGGAUGAGAAUAGGUCUUCCUUGGAUAUAUUAUUUAAUGGCAAGAAAAAUAAAGAUGAUGAUCGAUAUGAACUUACGAAACAAAUCUUAGAGAUCACACAACGAAGGAUAAGUCUACAAACGGAGCUUACAUUAUUAGAGGACCAGUAUGAUGAUUUAAAG